CGUCACUUCCGCCGGACGGAGAAAACGGCUGCUCUGCUGUUGAUAUACGGAACCUUUACAUCGGGUGGUUCGUGGUUCCGGGAAGAAGGGAUUUACCGCUGUUUCGUUUGCAGGACUGUCCCGUCUGAGUAAUAAACAUGGCAGAUGUGGCACUGGAGGAACUGCGAAAACUUGAGUACCUUUCUUUGGUCUCGAAGGUUUGCACAGAGCUGGAUAACCAUUUGGGCAUUAAUGACAAAGAUUUAGCUGAAUUCAUCAUUGACCUCGCAGAGAAGUUUCCUUUCCAUGACACUUUUAAAUCUGCUCUGGAAAAGAAUGGUGCAGAAUUCACAGAUUCUCUUAUUAGUAAUUUACUGAGGUUGAUCCAGACAAUGAGAUGUUCAACAAAGCCAUCUACAAGUAAAGAAACUGUUAAGGUAAAAAACGAGAAAGAGAAGAUAAAGGAAUUAUUUCCAGCACUUUGCAGACCAGACAAUCCAAAUAAUCGAACCAUGCUUGACCCAGAAGAUCUGAAAGUGGCAGCAGAUACCUUGAAAGAACUUGAAGCUCUAAUGCCUAGUGCAAACCGUCAAGACAAAGAAAAAAGUAGUAAACACAAAACUAAAAAGAAAAGGAGCCGCAGCCGAGACAGAGGUCGGAAGAGUCGCAGUCGCAGCCGAGACAGAGGUCGGAAAAGUCGCAGUCGCAGCAGAGACCGAAGACGUAAAAGCCGCAGUCACAGUAGAGACAGAGGAAGAAAGAACCGGAGUUGCAGCCGAGACAGAGGUCAGAAAAGAAAGGAGAGAUCCCGCUCCAGAUCCAGAGACAGAAAACGAGUGAAGAGUCCACCCAGGUCAAAGAGUCGAAGCCCCACCAAGAGCCGGGAGCCAAAAUCUGAAAGGUUUAAUGAGCGUUGGAGGGAGAAACCUGUAGACAGACCGCCACCUGAGGAGCCAGCCAUUGGUGAUAUCUACAAUGGCAAAGUCACCAGCAUUAUGCAGUUUGGUUGUUUUGUUCAACUGGAAGGCCUAAGAAAACGUUGGGAAGGGUUGGUACACAUAUCCGAGCUGAGGAGGGAAGGUCGUGUGGCUAAUGUUGCUGAUGUAGUAAGCAAAGGUCAGAGAGUGAAAGUCAAGGUUCUUUCCUUCACUGGAUGCAAAACUAGCCUCAGUAUGAAGGACGUGGAUCAGGAUACAGGAGAAGACUUGAAUCCCAACAGACGGAGAAACUUUGUAGGUGAGACCAAUGACGAGGCUUUACUGAGGAAUCCAGACAGACCCAGUCAUCUUUCUUUAGUAAAUGCUCCUGAAGUAGAAGAUGAUACCUUGGAAAGAAAACGUCUCACCAAGAUUUCUGACCCAGAAAAGUGGGAAAUUAAACAGAUGAUUGCAGCCAAUGUCCUUUCCAAAGAGGAGUUUCCUGAUUUUGAUGAGGAGACUGGUAUCUUGCCCAAGGUGGAUGAUGAAGAAGAUGAGGAUCUGGAAAUUGAAUUGGUGGAAGAGGAGCCCCCUUUCCUCAGAGGACAUACGAAACAGAGCAUGGACAUGAGCCCUAUCAAAAUAGUGAAGAACCCUGAUGGUUCUCUUUCUCAAGCAGCUAUGAUGCAGAGUGCUUUAGCUAAAGAAAGAAGAGAAGUAAAACAAGCACAAAGGGAAGCUGAAAUGGACUCUAUCCCCAUGGGACUGAACAAACACUGGGUGGACCCCUUGCCUGAUGUUGAUGGUCGACAGAUUGCUGCUAACAUGAGGGGUAUUGGAAUGAUGCCGAAUGAUAUUCCAGAAUGGAAAAAGCAUGCAUUUGGUGGCAACAAGGCCUCCUAUGGAAAGAAGACUCAGAUGUCAAUUAUCGAACAGAGGGAGAGUCUCCCCAUUUACAAGCUGAAAGACCAGCUGGUGCAGGCUGUUCAUGACAACCAAAUACUGAUAGUAAUUGGAGAAACUGGCUCUGGAAAAACCACUCAAAUCACUCAGUAUCUAGCAGAAGCUGGCUACACGACGAGGGGUAAGAUCGGCUGUACCCAGCCCAGAAGAGUGGCUGCCAUGUCUGUUGCCAAAAGAGUGUCUGAGGAAUAUGGUUGCUGUUUGGGGCAGGAGGUGGGUUAUACAAUUCGAUUUGAAGAUUGCACAAGCCCAGAGACUGUCAUCAAAUACAUGACAGAUGGUAUGUUGCUGAGAGAGUGUCUUAUUGACCCAGAUUUGACCCAGUACGCCAUUAUUAUGCUUGACGAAGCUCACGAGAGGACCAUUCACACAGAUGUUCUGUUUGGACUUUUAAAAAAGACGGUGCAAAAACGUCCAGAUAUGAAACUUAUUGUUACGUCUGCAACACUAGAUGCCGUGAAGUUCUCCCAGUAUUUCUACGAAGCUCCAAUUUUCACCAUCCCUGGUCGAACAUACCCUGUAGAGAUUCUUUACACUAAGGAACCUGAGACGGACUACCUGGAUGCCAGCCUUAUCACAGUUAUGCAGAUACAUCUGACAGAGCCUCCAGGUGACAUCUUGGUUUUUCUGACUGGUCAGGAAGAAAUUGACACUGCUUGUGAAAUCCUGUAUGAAAGAAUGAAGUCUCUUGGUCCUGAUGUGCCUGAACUAAUCAUUCUUCCUGUGUAUUCUGCAUUGCCCAGUGAGAUGCAGACAAGAAUCUUCGAUCCAGCACCCCCAGGAAGCAGAAAGGUUGUCAUUGCAACCAAUAUUGCUGAGACCUCGCUAACCAUUGAUGGGAUCUACUAUGUGGUGGAUCCUGGCUUUGUAAAGCAGAAAGUUUACAACUCCAAAACUGGCAUUGAUCAGCUUGUCGUUACACCUAUCUCACAGGCACAAGCCAAACAACGUGCAGGCAGGGCAGGAAGAACAGGCCCUGGGAAGUGCUACAGACUUUACACUGAGCGAGCCUAUCGUGAUGAAAUGCUUACUACCAAUGUACCUGAGAUCCAGAGAACAAAUUUGGCUAGCACUGUGCUAUCACUUAAGGCUAUGGGGAUCAAUGAUUUGCUGUCUUUCGACUUUAUGGAUGCUCCACCAAUGGAAACUCUCAUCACAGCUAUGGAACAGUUAUAUACACUUGGAGCACUAGAUGACGAAGGCCUGCUUACACGUCUAGGGCGAAGAAUGGCAGAGUUUCCCCUGGAGCCCAUGCUGUGUAAGAUGCUGAUCAUGUCUGUACAUCUUGGCUGCAGUGAAGAGAUGCUGACCAUUGUGUCUAUGCUCUCUGUUCAGAAUGUGUUCUACAGACCUAAGGACAAACAAGCACUUGCAGACCAGAAGAAGGCAAAGUUUCACCAGACAGAAGGAGACCACCUGACAUUGCUGGCUGUGUACAACUCUUGGAAGAACAACAAGUUUUCCAACCCAUGGUGCUACGAGAACUUUAUUCAAGCUCGUUCACUGAGGCGUGCUCAAGAUAUUCGCAAACAGAUGUUGGGCAUAAUGGACAGACAUAAACUGGAUGUCGUGUCCUGUGGUAAAGCGACAGUAAGAGUGCAGAAAGCUAUAUGCAGUGGUUUCUUCCGAAAUGCGGCCAAGAAGGACCCUCAGGAAGGCUAUAGGACUCUCAUAGACCAGCAAGUGGUCUAUAUUCACCCAUCCAGUGCUCUAUUCAACAGACAGCCAGAGUGGGUUGUAUACCACGAGCUUGUCUUAACCACCAAGGAAUACAUGCGGGAAGUGACCACUAUAGACCCCCGAUGGCUAGUGGAGUUUGCUCCAGCGUUCUUCAAAGUCUCUGACCCGACCAAGCUCAGCAAACAGAAGAAACAGCAGCGGCUGGAGCCCCUUUACAAUCGCUAUGAGGAGCCCAAUGCCUGGAGAAUUUCCCGCGCCUUUAGACGGCGGUGAUGUGUUUUCAGGCAGAGACUGUACACCUGCAAUCGUCCAUAAAUAUUGUCUCAUUCAAACUCUGAUAAUUCCUUUCAAGACAACUAUGCUCAGAUGCCUCUAUAUGCUUCCCCAGCCAGAUCCAAUAAAUGUUACCAGGUACAGGUCUGCCACAAGACCACCUGAGUUGAUUUCCUUACUCGUGUAGAAAGUGGGGCCACACACUGUUUUAUGUAAACCAUGGUAGUAAUAAUCUGCAAACUUCAGCUCAAUCUCCUCCUAGACUUAAACCCUAGCCAGGUGACGUGUUCUACCAGCCAAUGAUGUUAUCAGUUCCUAAGGACACAUCGGGCACCCGCACAGCUUUCUGGGUUGCUGGCACCAUUUUUCUGUGGUGUUUCACAUACAUAUAGUGGCCCGUUAAAAAAAAAAAAAAAAAAAAAAAGAUAAAAAAUAAUGCAGUGCACAGGAAUGCACAAAAAGCUGCACACACUCGGGUGCACCUCUUGUUGUGAAUGAACCCUUAGAGUGGUGUGCUCCGAGAUUGUGUACAAUUCUAAAGAGUUCCUUGACUGGAAAUAGGUUGAGAAACACUGGAUUACAUAAACGGUGUGCGCCCUUGCUUUCUACACUUUAAAUCUGAUAAUUCCUGUUCUAAAAGUUACUUCCUAACCUUGAGGUUUGACUACAGGCAUGGUUUUAAAAGAAUGGUUCCUUCCUCUCCAACAUUGGGGUGUACAAUAUUAGGACACAAUGGGAUGCAAAGGAUAGCCAUGAUGAAUGUUUAUCUUCUAGUCCUCCAUAAUUUCAGAUCACUAUUGGAACAAGUGGACUGAGUUCUGAACAUUUGCAUUUUUAUGGGGUACGAGAACAGCAGAUGCUGCCAAUGUACAGCUGGAUUUUCUAUCCCACCUUUGCAACAUGUGAAUAGAAUUUAUUAUAGAAAUCGGCUGUGCUCCAUCCUAUUGGAAUUAUUUAUUUUUUGGUGUUACUGAGACAGGGUCUCCAUUUCUUCCUGAUUUUGAUUGGCUACCACAGCUACUUGCCUUAUUUCCAUGUUGUCAUGGUUCAUCAAAAACAAAGGAAUGACAAAAUACAGUGGGGUGCCGUCUAUCAUUUGCCCAUCAGAAAUGCCCGUCAAGGUUUGCCCAAUUUUUAAGGAUCGGGUUGGUGAGAGACGAUGGAAGAGGAUUGCAGCAGGAAAUGUAUACUUUAUUUUAGGCUAGAAAACGUGGAGGAAAAAAAAAAAAAAAAUACAUCAACAUGAUUUAAUAUGAAUGAUUCCUAGGAGUCUAAUGUUAAUUGACAUUCAUGUUUAACUUGGUUCUUUUAUAUGUUGAUAAUACUGUUGAGGUGUUGCGUGACAAUUUUCCUACGGGAUACAUUUUAUUUGUAUUAUAAACCUGCUUUUUUAAUAUUU